AUGAUAUCAUUAAUAAGUUACGGUUUAUGUAAAUCUGGUAUAUUACUUGGACAAACAACAAAAGAAUAUAAUGAAUUUUAUAUACGUUUAAUUGAACGAAAUUUUAAAUUAAUAACUAAAACUCAUGCAUAUGCAUCAUGUUUAUUUUUACUUGAAAGUCAUGAAGAUGAUUUAAAUAAAUUAUUAUUACCAAUAAUAAUACAAGAAAUAAAUAAUGAUAUACAAAAUAAUACAUUAAAAUAUAAUUUAGAUAUACAUUUAAAUGGUUUUAUUUUAUUAAAUUUAUUUUAUUUAAUUGAAAAUAAUUAUUUAAAUUCAUAUGAUAUUUUAUUAUCAUUAAUUAAAGAUGAUAUAUUAGAUAUAAAUGAUAAUUUAACACAAAAAAUUAUAUCAAUUGGUCAUGAAAGACUUUUAAUACUUGGUCAAUAUCCUAAAAAUGAUAUAUGGCGUUUAUAG